GGGUGUAACCCCCUCCCUCGUAGAGCGCAGUAUGAGCGCUCCGCAGGAAAAGGAUGUGUGAGCAGGCAGCUCGCUACUGUAGGGACGGAGUCCACAAACUGCUCAACAAAGAACAAGCCAAACUUCGAGCCCAAGAAACCCGCGAGCAGCCGAAUCCCGUAGCCGGUCAGGACAGCGAGCCCGCGACGGCAGCGCAGUCCGGAAACAGCGGCGCCCAGCCCGGUGGAAUCGACGGGCUCGUCCGCUGGAUCGUCACCAAAAUGAGCGACAACAAGAACAUCUCCAGCCGGGAGUACGCCUCCAGCAAGGAGGAGGUGGCCGUGGCUCAGGAGCAAUUCUUCGCCCCGGAACCGCGAAGAGGCAUCUCUGUUAUUUUGGAUAUAUUCAGAAGAGCUGACAAAGAUGAUGAUGGGAAGCUGUCUCUGGAUGAGUUCCAGGCUUUUUUCGCUGAUGGCACGCUGAACGAAGAAGAGCUAGAGAAGCUGUUUCACACCAUUGACUCUGAUAACACCAGUAAUGUUGACACUAAGGAGCUCUGCGACUAUUUUGCCAAGCACAUGGGAGACUAUGAGGGAGUCCUGGCUUCGCUGGAAACACUCAACCUUUCCAUUCUCAAAGCCAUGGACUUCACCAAGAAGGUUUAUGAGAGAGGAACCAAUGUGGAGCAGUUUGUCACCCGUUUCUUGCUAAAGGAAUCAGCCAAUCAGAUCCAGUCUCUGCUGAACUCAGUGGAGAGUGCUGUGGAUGCAAUUGAUGAGCAGCACGGCCAGUUGGGACAUCUACCUGCCAGGGUGAGUCCACGGAUGUCAGAGAGGCGCUACGAAAACACUGUCCCUGACUAUCCUCCUAACAACAGAAUCAGUGCCAGGGAGGCUGUCCGGACCAUCAAUACUGCUUCAGGUGCAGUGGAGGUGAGGAAAGAAGGUCUGGAAGCUCAGAUCAACCGCCUGGCUGAUUUAAUUGGCCGACUGGAGAAUAAGACAGUCUGGUUUGAUCUGCACCAGCGGCUAACAGACACAGAUGGCACCCCCAAUGCAUCCCUGUUGCUGAUUCGUCAGGAGAUGGUGGUUUCCCAGAAGAAGCUGGGCGAGUUCUGUGAGGCUCUGAAGCAGUAUCUGAAGAAUGUCUCCGCUCAAAGAGACUGCUUCCAUGUGACUGCUGUGCGUCUGCCAGAUGGUUUGUCCUUCGUCGUCUAUGAGUUCUGGGAUGGAGAAGAGGAGUGGAAGCGGCACCUCCAGUCACCCCCCAACAAAGCCUUUCAGCAUGUGAAGGUGGAUACACUGUGCCAGCCAGAGGCCGUGUCCUCAGUAGCCGUGCCAGCCGCCUGGUGCAGCGUGAACAGGGACUGAGUUUGAAGAUAUUCAACUACACACCAAGAUUCCUGGAUGCUUCCCACUUCCUUUUCCCUCCCUGCAUUUCAAGCACUCUCAUCCUCCACCCCCACCCCUUCUCUCCUCUUUCAACCCUCACAUUCCUCAACUCUUUUUGUAAGUACAUGUUUACACAGUGUAAAAGAAUGGUGUCAACUGCAGUGAACAUUGAACAAACAGUGCAUUAUAUAAUAUGAUAUUGCUACAAAGAAUUUGCAUCUCACCAUGGUAGUUUGCAGGCUCAAGAUUUUGGAUUGUUUCAUGUUCAUGUUUCAAGUAGCUUUGACCCACUGUAAGGUGGAGUUUGUCAUGUAGCAUGGACCCCAGGGUUGAGUUUUUCAUGUAGCAGUUACAGUUUUUGGGUAGUGGGAAUACAGCCUUUUUCACCUGUCUCACCAGAUUGGCUUGUCUAUGAAGCUUUCAUAGUAGCUGUUCUUUUGCUCUCAUAUGCAGUGUUAAAAUAAUUACAUUUUUAUGUUUUGUAGCUGAACAGUUGGGACAUUAUUCUUAUAUCAGCCAUUCUGAAUUCACGUCAACAUGUUGAUUAAAUGAACACUAUCGACAGACCUAGCUGUCAAAUUACAGUAGCUUGCAAUCUCAGGAAAACCGAAUGCUCAGAUUUAGUCUGAAGGUUAGCUAGCUUACUAGCUGGCGGUCAUAAGAUACAACAUAUGACACCUUGAAUUAAUUUAUUGAAAAAUAACAAAAUUUUAUGAAGAGUUUUACUACUGCUUCAGUACACCAAUAGAGAGCAUCAAAGGUAGAAAGUUGUCUUUCAAGCUUUAGCUUGAUACGCUCCCAUGCACACUUAUGCUAUCAGAAAACCAAGGUUGAACCUUAAGUUUUAAAUGUCUGCUAAUGUGUAGUCCAUGAAUGUAUGACGCUACCUUUCCAAAUCUAAUUUCAGUGUGCACAUGUGUGUACAUAUGAAAUACUCACACAUUAGUAUAUUUAUAUGUGAAACAAUCACACCUGAGAGGCACUUGAAAUCAAGUAUAUAAACAACUGCACAUUUACGAGAUCUAAAUAUUUUUAGUGGUACUGUAUAUAUACAUCAAUAGAAAUUUGGGGUCAACAGUCCACUGCGAUGGGGAGUGUAGGAAAGAGGUGAAGAGGCAAGUGCAGGUGGGUUGGAGUGGGCGGAGAAAGGUGCACAAGACGGUAGUGAGACCAGCUAUGCUGUAUGGGUUAGAGACUGUAGCAGUGAAGAAAAGACAAGAGACAGAGAUGGAGGUAGCAGAGAUGAGGAUGUUGAGGUAUACAUCAAUAGAAACAUUUUUCAGUUAUGUGUGUGAGAAAGUAAAUCUCGGUAUAUCUGGAAGGCAUUUUGCUAUAAUUGGAAGGACUAGAUUGUAGAUUGGGUGCUGGAUACCAGGAUCUUUUGUCAUAAUCAUGAGAACAUAUUCCACUUUUCCUUUGAUGAAUACAGUGUGCUUCGGUAGCGAGCCAGUUUUCUCCAGUGACCAGUGUAAGUUUAUGUUCCAAGAUGGAGCACGCAAGUUGGCGAAGCGGGGGAAGCACUAAAGUUUAUGUACAGUGGGCCACACAAGCCAGAAUCAGACCCAGAAGAUAGAAAACCUUUUGGCUUAUGUGAACCAGGUGAACAAUUUUUAUUGAAUUUUCAUCAUUAUUGAAGUGACUGAGUGCUAUCUUAUGCUAUAUGGAGAGUAGCCACAGUAACAGAUAGUCUCCAUUAAUAGACAGUGUGUCUAACUCCAAUUGUCCACUGUUCCAAUUUCGCUUUAUUGAUUGGACUCCAGGUUUAUACCUGACUAGUUGGCAUUUAGUGACAUCAGAAGCCUUAUGUUGCCAUUACUUUUUCCACCAUCACUUUAUGUUUAAAGGGUGUGUUAAUUAGACAUGAAAGAUCAUGACUGUUUGUGUUUUAUCAGCAUAGAAAUAUUGUUUGUUGAUAUUUGAGACUUUGGUAAAGAUCAGACUACAUUUUAUGACCAAUUUAUGCAGAAAACCAGGAAAUUGCAAACAAAGCCAUUACUUUUUCUUGCGAAUGUAACUGAAAUACUUACGCUCAUACAUUACAUGAAGCACAUAUCGCAAAAAUAUUUCAGUCUCACAAAGGUACAGUAUUUAUAUGCAUGAUUUCAAGUGCCUCUCAAUUGUGAUUGUGUGUGUGUGUCUCACAUGUAUCUGUAAAAAUGUUUCACAGGUUGUGUGUAUGUUCAUUUGUAUGUAUGCACACAAAUUAUCUGUGACAGUGUUUAAUGUAUGUAAGAAUGUUUUACAUGACAACAGUACUGUGUAUUUCAUAUACAUAUAUACAAGUAUGUGCGUUUCAUAUUUAAGAAUGUUUUACAUGCAUAUGUGCGAGUAUUUGACAGGCAUGUGCACAACAGCCUAUUUCCUAAAGGGCCCCUCAUACAUUGGCAUAACGCGUGAACCUCUAUUUUUUCACACUAUUUUUGUGUGUGUGUGUGUGUGUGUGUGUGUGUGUGUGUGUGAUUAACAAGUUUCUAUACCCCUUGUUCUUCACAAUGGCUGCUGUGGGAUUAAUGUCUACGAUGGUAGCCUAUGAACUUAUUUAGCAUGUUUAGCAUUAAAACCCCAAACCUAAAUGUCUGUGAAGCCGGACAUGAUUUUAUCAGUAAAUGAUUUAGGCAUGUACAUGCUGACACAUAGAGAAACAUGUAUUCUUAUUUCUUCAUGUAGCUUUUAUUUCAUUUAACACUUUGGGGUUAACAUUAAUUUGCACUGACAUCAAGAUCAUCUAAGAGGUGAGGUGAAUAGAACGCUGUGCUGACAGAGGAUCGUUUCUGACUUACACGAGGGUCUGCUGCUACAGUACCUUGAGAGUAGAGAGAAAAAGGCAGCUUUAUUUUGUUUUAUUUUUGCCUUGUUUUUGUGUAUUCCUUGUCUGAGCUGGCAAUUGGUAUCUUAUAUUAGUUGUGUAACUCUAGUGGAGAUUGUACAUAAUGAAAUGUGGUGUAUGAUCAUUAUAUUUGUAUUUAUUGACAUCUUUUAGUGCUAUGGUAGAAAUAUUUCCUCAGUGGAAGUGACAGUAGCUUGAUAGGCUCUGCAGCUUCUCUUAACAGUUUGUUUGAAUCAGAAUAUCUACCAUCAGAAACACUCAUCUGAAUGACGUUGACUUUAAAGCCUUAAACAUCACCACAUGCUAGAGAAGAGUUGAAGGGUUUUCAGAACAUGACUGUUCCUUUUUUGAUGGGAUGUAAACUCCCAGUAAGUAGUAAAAUGCCCACUAGUGGUUUGUCAGUGUAGACCUCUUGGCAUCAGAUUACACACCAGGCCCAUGUUGCAUUAUUGACACAAAGACUGUUUGACAAAUUGCAUUCAGUAUUUAUACACCAGCCUUGUUCAGUUAUCAAAAUAAUACUAGAAGAAUAACCUUGACUUUGGAAUAGAACUUCCCAUCACUUGGCAUACUGUAACUGACAGAUCAACCACCUCAGCAUCAAUGUCUAAUACACAGUGAUCAUGUAUAUGUGUCUCUAUAUUUUUGUCCUCCCCAGCUACAUAUAUGAGAGGCUCAGAAUAUUAGGAACACCUCUGAAUAUAAUG